AAAAUCUGUAAUCUUUCAUUUUUAACGGACUUCCCAAAAGGAGUUUUUCAAUUCGUCUGUAUGUUUUUUUACGUACAGUCCUACUCCUCGAGAAAUCUUGGUAUUUCUGGGAAUGUAGAGAUAUGCAAGUUAUAUAACGUAUAUUUAAACUAGCACUACCUUUCGGAUAAAAAAAGAAUUAUCAAAAUCGGUCCACUAGCGGCAGAGUUAUUUAACACACAUAAAAAAAACAUACAGACAAAUUGAGUACUUCUUUUGGGAAGUCGGUCAAAACACACCUUACAAUCUUAUAGUUCCUAAAGCGCCUGAUAAUCGAUCAAAUAAGUAGAUUAUAUUCAAUCUGCUAGGUUUUAUGCGUAUUUCAAAUUUGACGAAUAUCUUGAUCAUACAAAAGGACCAACAAUAUCCAGAGAUGUUUUAAAACACGCUGAUAACCAGACAUAAAUUGGCCAGUCGUUUGAUUAAUUGUAAAAUAAACAUCAAACAAGUACAUGUUAGUAAUCUAUUAUUUACUGUCCUUGAAGAUUCCGGCCGCGUCCCGCGCGGACACCUCACUCUUGCGACGAUCAGUUCAACUCCAUACGUGUUAUGUGAUAAUUUGUUAAAUAUUUGAUGGAGAGUUAGUUUUGGUGUUUAUGUGACGUCAUAUUUUAGUGUAUAUUGUGACGAUUUAAUUUGUUGCGUAAUGUAUUGUCUUUGCGUUGUUAACUCUUAAAUCGACGUAACAACUUAUCGUGCUUUGAAAGCUGAUUGGUCAUAUUUUCUAAAAAUCACGAUUGUGACUUGUAUAAAUUGUAGCAAGUAAUGUUAACGAAGUAGCACAGAUUAUAAUAAAAUUAAUUUAAUGAAAUUUUUCUUGAUGCGCAAUCAUUCUCAUCUCGCAGUUCGUUAAAAUUAAAUUGAAGUUAGAAAUAAUUUGGCGAUUAAUGUACGUGAUUUUGUAAUCAUAAAUAAUUUAAAUUUAAAACGUGAAUGUAAUUAUUUACAAAUGUAUAUGGACUCUGAAUUGGUUAUCUGUUGAACUGUGUGAUAACAGUUAAUCUGGUAAUGAUAAGGCGCACAUUGGAUGUGAUUCAAACAAAAUGUGUAAUCGUAGACUACGUAAAUUAUAAAUGAAAAAAUGUCUAUGAUCAAUAAGAAAAAGAAACUUGUGCUGUUCUUCGCGAAGAUAUUCGAAGAUGAAUUCGAACUGAACACAUAUUACGCGGAAAAGAUAUUAAAGUAUCUUCAAGAAACUCCAGUAAGCGGUUUUGAAAACAAGCUAUUAGAAUCGACAUUUUUCUCUGAAAUUUUAUUAAAAACGUACAAUGGCUGCGAAGUGAAAACAAACUCAGUGAAAAUAUUCGUCGCUAAAAUUGUGUCGAUUAUUUACAAAAAUGAACUUCAAUUCAGUAAGUUAAUAGGCUUGUUGAGUUUUCAUCGUUUCCUGCAGUACAUGUGCCGUUACAAUUCACAAUGCGCGAAGUACUCGGACCUUUUGUUUGCGAGCAUAAACCUGGUGACGUCACCGAUAGCUCACUACUCGGGCGUCACCUGGCUGGUGGAGAACAAGAUGUGGCACCACGUACUGUGCUGCUGCACGUACACCCGCCCGCCGCACGUCGCCCGCGCCGCAUACAACUUCAUCGCGGAACUCCUCUGGAAAUUGAUCGAAUUCGAAGAUGAUGAUGUCUUAGCUGAAAUUAUCGAGUACAUAAUAAAACCGGUGAGGCACAACCAGUACCACAUUACGAAUGAUAUAAAAGACGGCGAAGAACAGUUUGUUUACGCGCCCAUGAUGUCCUCUUUAAACGCAAUGUUGGUCGUGCUAGGGAGCACUGAUGAUCAGCUAUCGAAAAGUUACAAGAUAGCGCCGAUCCUAAUGCAGCAGCUUAACUUCGAUACGCAUCUUCAAGUCAUAUUAGACGUUACCAGAGAUCCCAGUUUGGCUAUAAUACUAUGCGAGGUGCUGUUCAAACUGUACUUCAAUGCUGUUUUGGAAGCGUACCAUCGGAAGAAGAAAACCGAGAGUGAAAUUAUGAACGAGAUCACUUCGAUAUACAAUAACGUGCUGCAAAAGCUGAUCGAAAAGCAAAUGUCGGAAGCCGUCGCAGAUUUCGUUGUGAAGUGCAAUUUAUUCUUGGCUAAAUUGGGCGCGAAAAACCGAAGGUCUUUCGAAAGAGAUGGAAAGAAAUUCGAAUUUCAAAAUCAGUUUGUGUUGCACUUGGUAGUUCCCAUGUGGACGUAUCAUUCAUUAUAUUGCGGUAGCGAAGCUAAACUCAUCGAAAUAGACAACUAUUCUUUUAAACUGACGAACGUAACGGCGGAGCAUAUUACUCAAUCGGCGGAGUUCUUUCAAAGAGUCGUGCAAAAUAACGCCGCCUAUGUUAAACAGGUUACAAUAUACACUGUUAAAAAUCUUUUUCAAUUUCGAGGGCAAUUAAACAAAGCGACAGCUGGUAUACUGUACCAGGGAUUGUACUACGUUUUGCAAACAUUCAUAAUGUCAGAUGACGUGGGUAAUCAUUUGAUUCUAACUGAAACUCCGCUGCGAUCUCCUGAUGACAUCAGAUUAUUGCGUCUGGUGCUCGAUGCAAUAAAAAUGCUCUUAAAAGAGCAUCACAUUAAUUGGUACGAGACCUUAGAGAUUAUAUGUCUUCAAGUAACACUGUUGAAUUUGAUAAAGCUAAAAGUUAUGUGUGCAAAGGGUUUGGUACAGACAAUAGACUUGAUUAACUUGAGCGUGCGGAACUUCCUAUCCCCGGACAUGAGGCUACUGGUGGAGAGUGACAGUGGCAGCUCUCUGAGUGAGAUCGGCGUGAUGACCAAGGAGUAUAUGCAGCAUCCGGACUGGGAGGUCCGCGAGUCAGCACUCAGCCUGCUGCUCAGCUGUGCCGAUGUGUCCUUUGUCAAGUACGUACCGCUACAGAAAGUGAUAUCCUCCAACCACCUCAUGCUGUUAGCGGCAACGAGUGCGUUAAGCGAUUCUGAGCCUUACGCGCAGGCCACCGCACUGCAGUGCCUCGCCGCCGCAGCCAAGAUCGACAAGAUAUGGUCAGAUGUCAAGAACGUGCAUCCUAAUUUAUACGGACAAUUGAUUACUUUAGCACAAAGAAAUCAAGAAGACUUAGUACGACAAGAGGCAACAAACGUGUUGACUGAAAUUUUCUUGCACCAAAUUAUUACAUGCGAAUUUAAAAACAGUUUGUUCCGCGUUAUGGCGAAAGUUGCGCUGAACGAUUUGCACUGGGAGGUGCAGUUAGCUGCCCUCAACUUCUGGCGGCACGCGAUCAAGCAACAAUGUCUCGACCGUGGCAUGAUGGACGGCAAGUUCCCAACCGUAACAUUUUCAAAAGAGAAGAGAAAAAUUAUAGUCUUUAAUGACAAGGAAAUAAAACAACAACUCGACAAUAUAAUGAAUGAUCUGUCUGCUAUCGGUUGCUUAAAUGUUUUAGAUAAAUGCUUAGAUGUAGAACAAAAUGUAGCUGUGAUAGAAGAGGCAUAUAAGAUUGUAACAGAACUGAAAGUGGUUUUAGAUAAUUAUAAGUUUGUUCCGACAGAAACAACUACACCUAAACAGGAUUUGAUCGAAAGUAAAAUAGCGAUAGAUUUAGAUUUGGAUACAGAUAUGGAAUUAGGUAGCGAACUAUUUCCAUCACACGGAGGGAUGUUCGAUUUACGAGAACUAAUCAUUGACGAAAUAACAAACACUUCACAAAGCGAUCUCAUUAUGGAUAUUCUCAACAAAAGACCGCGAGAAGAUAAACAACUAUCAGAUAUAGACGAAAGCGUACAGAUCCCGAUACAACCGUAUGUGUUUUUACAAAAAGUCAAUUCGACUAAUUAUCAGGCGAUUAUAAAUAGUAAGAAAGGAUGGCGUCCAGAUGAAACAAGUCUAGAAGAAUUAAUUGAUGAAAUAUUGAAUAACGAAAGUGCAAUACAAAUGAAUACCAUAGAUAUGUGUGAUGUUUAGUUGUA